AUGAAGGCGCACGGAUUCAUGUCGAUCGUGGCGAUGGCCCUGCUCGCGUGCCAUGCGGCGGCCCGCGACGCCGGCCUCGCUUCAGACGGACAGCCAACCGGAAUCUCGAAGACCCCUAGGCAUCUCCUGGCGGACUGUCCCGACUGCUGCUCGGCGUGCGAUUACGUGAAGGGCGAGUGCAUCACCGUGAAGGAGGGCUGGGGCAUCCUCGAAGGCAAGUGCAUCGAGCUGGUCAAGAAGCCCACGGGCGCGCCCAAGUGCCCGGCGCUGUGCUGCCUCACGUGCCAAGACGGCAAGUGCGUCUCCGUCAAGGCUGACUGGGAAAUCCGCAACGGGAAUUGCUUCCAAACGCCCAAAUGUCCGGAAUGCUGCUCCACCUGCGACAGUGGCACCGGCAAGUGCCUGUCCGUGAAGUCGGACUGGCAGCUACACGACGGGAAGUGCGUCGAGAGGCCCAAGUGCCCGUCCUGUUGCGAGGAGUGCAAGAACGGCUACUGCGGGGCCGUCAAGGGCGGGUGGUUCAUCACGGAGGGGGAGUGCAGGCGGCAGGUGACCUGUCCGGAGUGCUGCGGGGAGUGUGAGGAGAAGGGCGAGCUCACCGUCUGCAAGUGGUUUAAGGAGGGCUGGAAGCUGGUGAACGGUGCGUGCAAGGUUGCCAAAGGCGGCGACGACGACGACGACGACAUCGAUGAUGACGAUAUCGACGACGACGACACCGACGACGACGACAUCGACGACGACGACAUCGAUGAUGACGAUAUCGACGACGACGACAUCGACGAUGAUGACGUAGAUGAUGACGACGGUGAGGGAGGCAAGAAGGUGCUGGACGUGAGGUGCCCCGAGUGCUGCCAGGAGUGCACUUCCAAGGACGGAUUGACGACUUGCACGUGGUUCAGGAACGGAUGGUAUUUGGAGGACGGGGAGUGCAUGCUCAGAAAGGAGAGCGACGACGAUGACGGCGGCGACGACGACGAUGAUGACGAUGUGGACGACGACCACGACGACGACGGGUUGUACGGAAAAUAG